AUGCUGUUGCACCAGGACUACUACGUGAGAACGCUGGAGAUAGGGAGCCCCAACGCGGAACUCGGUAUCACCAAUGACAAGGGCGAAGUAGUGGUGGCAAUUGUUCCCACGGUAGUGAAUCGUCACUUUGCUUGGAAGCUUAUCUUCAGUGUUGGCGAAGCUUCGGAAUCUAGCCGCUUGUGGAAACAGUUCGUCUUGCUGGAGCCUAAAGCAAAGCCUGAAGCCAAGCUGUUCGAGGCUUUGGAGGUGGGUUACCUCACCGCAAUGGAUAUGUUGGUAUGCAUGUCCUUCCACGACCCACAGCGCGUAGGCUCCUGGGACCGCAAGACCCGUGGCCAGUGUAUCCUGCAGAAAAGCUGUUUCUUGAACUGCCUUGAUCUCUGGGGAAACCCCGAUUUUUGCGGAACGGGUGAGGCGCACCUAUUUACAGUCGGUGACGAUACGACAGAAGCUCACGCAAACAAGUCCAGUCUACCGGUGAACACCCAAUUCAUACAGAGCGUCGUGGCCCUCCUCCGCUACGGCCGCAGAGACUUCGACAGAGGCCAGAGAAAGCUCAUCCACCACGCCUUUAAUAACAUCCAAAUUUCCCACCACGAGCGAGCAACGUUCCUACCAUUCCAGUUAGGGGAGUUACGCGAGAUCAGUGGAGCAGUCGCACAGCUCGCGCGAGAAAGGAGCAUGUGGCCGUGGUGA